CGAAACAGUCACUGAUAGGCACGUACAGAUGCACUUACCGAUAGGCUGAAAGAUCCUAGCAGUCUUUCCUUUCUUCAUCUGAAGACAAACAUUCAGACAGCCACAAGUCACCCAGACGAUACUUGAGAUGAUACAUUGAUGUCUCAGUGCCUCAAGUGCCCCUCACAUGGUCAUGGAAACUGCUUUGUAUGUGACGAUCCUUAUGCACAACCUUCUGUCUCCUGACCUUCACCCCGAAACCUCGUUGUCAGCCGCACACUGUGUGAACACCUGCUUCUACAACCUGACAUGCGCAUCAGUGUUCCAUGACCGCAACCGGAAGCUGUGCUACCAGAGUAACACCUGGUUUAAUGACAAAGUAGCAGGCCUAACAAAUCAACCUGGAGUUACUUACUACAUAUUUCACAGAGAUGACUGCCCAGACGGAUGGGUAUACCACAAACCAACGAAUAAAUGUUUCUAUCUUUUCGAAGAACUGAAGAAGGCCAGUGAUGCUAAAGUCGACUGUAUGAGUGUGAACGCCAGGGGGUUUAAUAUCUACUCGGCAGAGCAGAAUGGCCUAGUGUACACUAUGGUCAAACGAAGAGGGAAAGACAUUUGGAUCGGAAUCUCCUUCAACGAUGUCUGGAAAUGGCACCAAGGGCAGGCGCCAGCCUUCUUCUAUUGGUCUGAUCCUCCAGGAACCUUCAGUUGUGUGGUGUUUAACUCUGGUACGAAGAAAUGGUUUAGAGUGAAAUGUGUGGAACUUCACUGGUAUAUGUGUGAGAUUGUUGUACCUGAAAACUGUAACCAAGGGUAAAAUCUUUAUACUACUAGUGUUACGGACUAUACUUCAAAAAUAGAACUGCAAAGCUUAUUUCAGUCGUAGCUUUUGGUAACCGAUCAUUUGAAAAAUGUAGACUUGACUAAUUGUCUUUCACGGGUUCACCUUGUAGCAAUAUAGGCAGGAGAUUUCAAUCAUGUAUUUUCGCCAAUCUGAAGCAUGCGUAUUGUUUUCAAGCAUUUCUAUGACAUGAACUGUUUGUUUCUACAUCAUACCUUAUGCUAACUUUCGGUAUAUAUUCAUGCCAAGCAGAAUAUACCGUUUUCGACGUACUGAGCGCCCCGGGUCCUUAGCUAUUUGAAUAGGCACUGAUCUAGAGCUAGCAAUCUUGUAUGCAAUUUAGUUUCCUAAACAAAUUGAUGGGUCGUUGCUUUUGGGGUCGCGAACGGAGCUUGAUUGCUGUAUAAAGUGAGUGAGUCAGUAUGGUUUUACGCCACUUUUAGCAAUAUUCCAGUAAGUGAGUGAGUUUA